CUUGUUUUCUUCUAUCGAAUUUUGGUAGAGAGACUCCUGUAUAUAAGGCUCGUAUUCAGUUGUCUGCGUCUAAUCAGUCGAAAUACAUUCAGUGUACAAUGUCUGAAGUGAAGAUAACUAAAGACAAUGUGUGGGAACAUUUUAAAGAACUUUCGGGACAGUUUUUUAAAGCAAAGUGUGAGAUUUGCAAAAGUGAUUUGAUCUACGUCGAUUUUACAACGAUUGACCGUCAUUUGCGUGAAAAUCAUUUCGAUUAUUUAUUACACACAGUAGAUAAAAAAUUGAAAAAAUUGAAAAUGUAUGACAAUCUUCGUUUACAAAGUUCUGUUGGUGAUAAAAACAUUUCGUUUCAAGAUAAUGACUACAUAAGGAUAUUGAAAAAUAUGGCAAAUGCUGCAAUUUUAAAAAAUAAAUCAGAAUAUUGCGCACAAGUUGAUGUUUUUACAAUAAAGUGUAAGAUAGGGAAUUGUGACUUUACUACAAAUCUUCCUGUUUCAUAUAAUAUAAAACAUCAUUUUUUAACAGAGCUACAUAUGAGCAAUUUGAGAGAAAUGCAAACGGGCGCAAUGUCUAUGCCACCGACUAUUGCAAAUGAAAGAGAACAAUUUAUGGAAAAGUACGUAAUAUUGACGGACUUUCAAGCAAUAUGCGCAAAGCAAUCAUGCUUUGUUAUGAAUCGUUAUAUCGACCAUAAAAAGUUUAAUAAACAUGUAAGUGAGAUACAUCCACAAGUUACUUCAUACGAGAACAAAAACGGAGGAGAAUAUCCAUGGAUGCAAUUCAAGUAUCUGGACGAAAUAAGAUCACAAUGUCUUCACUGUCCACUCGGCUUUGGUAAUCCACCGUCUAAGGAGGAUUGGUUAAGAGAGCAUUUAGAGGGAGGAUAUCAUAACGACAUAAACCGUUAUGUCCAUAAGUCAAAAAUAGGCAAGGAAUGGGAAUGGAAAUACUGUACAAAGAUUGAAGAGAGAGAUUAUCACGUGCGAUGCGAUAUUUGCAGAAACGAAAUAGAACUUGAACUUGUUAACUUAACAAAUUUAAACCAUCUUUGUGCAUCUAAAGAUACAGAUCAAGAUACAGAGCUGAACAAACCGACAAGUACGGAAAGUGCAUGUGACGCAGCUGGAACAUCAGGAAUCCAACCAAAAAAGAAAAAACGUGAAUAAUGCUAACGGCGAUCGCGACAGCUAGCACGACAACCAGCACAAAAGGCAAUCUUUACUUGGUGAUUGAUGCAAUCUAUAACAUGCAAAGAAAAUAAUGUAAUUUGUAAUUAUUCGUUUUAUGUUUAUAAAAUUAUAAGUGUGUUCAUAAAUUUACGUAUU